AUGUGGCUCUAUCCACUACUACUGACGACUUUCUGUAGUUUUUCCUGCACCUCGAGUUCUUGGGAAAAUCUAAACUUACCAACUCGGCUUCUAGAGUAUCAUAUAAGAUCAAAUAUAGAUUUGAAAGAAAGAUGCCUCAUAGACUCGAAUUGUCCCAUCAAGAGUGAUCUGUUGACUUCUUCUCGUUGUUGGGGAUAUGAGGAGGAUUGUCACUUGAAUGAUACUUACGCUCACGAAGUUGAGCUAGGAAAAUGCAAUUUGCAUACCGACAGACCUAUUGUUCGAGAUGCUCCGCAAGUUUUCUUUGAUCAAGGGGACUUUGGCUACCUCAAAAGCCGCCUCAUUAAAAACGAAAUAUGCAUUUCCAACAAUAGUUUGAUGAGCUCCCUCAGUUGCUCUGAUUCUCUUCUCUAUUGUUACGCACGAAACAUCUUUUUUGAUCUAUCGUCAUUCCAAGUUGCUGGAUCAGCGAGGUAUAGGAAUGAUCUAAUUCAUGAAGGGGAGAUAGGAGGAAACUGUGAAAUCUUCAAUUCUGAAGUUCUGAACCGGAACUUGGAUGCUAAGAGUUAUCUGCAGUCUUGGGCCCACGAGUUGAAACACUUCUCGUCUUCUAACAGCUUUUCCGUUUCACAGGAAAAUUGUGAUAUAAUUUUUGAACGUCCUACAGUCUUGAUGAAGCUCGAUGCUUCCAUCAAUAUGUACCACCAUUUUUGCGAUUUUGUUAACUUGUAUGCUUCUCUACACAUCAACAACUCGUUUGCUCAACAGAUUGAUGUCGUUUGGUGGGACACGCACUCAGAAGGAUUCAUAGAUAAGUUUUUCGGCAUUACAUGGGAAGCAUUCUCUGUGAAGAAACCUACAGAGCUUAUUAAUUUGGCCGGAAAGCGUGUUUGCUUUCGUGAUGUAAUGCUUCCUCUCUUGGCUCGACAACGAUUCGGAUUAUUUUACAAUAUGCCACUGACUCCUGGAUGUUCCGGUUCAGGCCUCAUACACUCUUUUUCGCAUUUCAUUCUUCAUCGUUUGCAAGUUGAGCAAACAGACAAAUUCUGA